GUUGUAUAUCACUACUAAGUUUCGAGGUUGUUCAGAUGACGGACCUUAUGCCAAUCAUUCGGGUUCGCCGCAAACGCUCGGCAGAUCCACAUGCGGCUCUCAUCAUGGAAACGAAGAAAAGAAAAGAGGAUCCUCUAUUAUUUUCGUUGUUCAAAACCGACAACUUUAAUGAAGGACUGGAUGGUAUCAAUGAUGGAGUGCGGGUUAUAGAUUUCAAACCGCAUGGGUCAGAGAUAGGCCCUGGCCGCGGUCUUGAAUUUAUCGGCGAGCUUAUUGAACCAGGCGGAGCUGAUGAUUCCAUGCUAGACCAUCCUCCAUAUGUGGAAGAAGGUGUUGGCUUUGAUUACUACAAAAUUUAUCGAGGUUCGAUGACAGAACCUAUACGGCAGUGGGACUCUGACAUCGAGCUACGAUUUGCUACAGAGGAAGAACAGUCGCUUUUACUUGGAAACUCCGAUUCCGAAAGCGAAGGUGCUGCUGAUGACGAUGAUGACUCUAAUGACGAAAAUAAUUGGCGGAAUGAUUAUCCGGAUGAAGAAGAGGAUGAUGACGAUGAUACUGAAGAUGAGGAUGUCGAUUACUAUGAUGACGACGAUAAGGCAUAUAGACUUACUCUGCAAGAGAACAGCGAAGAGUCUCCGUUAGCUCUUGAAAGAAUGCGACGACGUCUUGAAGGCUUUGCCAUGGAAGCGUAUGAAGGGGAAGAAGACUCCGAUGACGAUGUUAGCGUGCAUGGUGAGAUUUCGGCUCCUAGCAAUGAUGAAGAUGACAACUAUGACGAGAGAUAUCGCGAAGAUUGACAUUUCGAUUUUACUUCUUGCCACGUUAAUUAUCGUUUGACCGGUGUUUCUGAAUGAUCUUGAUGACCAUUUUCUUGUUUUCUGCCAUGUAUAACAUGGUCUCAAUUGUACAGAUUUCCAAAUUAAUAUCGUGCUCACAUGAAGACUAAUUGCUCUAUAGAGAUGAAUCUUUUCUCAAAU